AUGAAUGUAAUUACGAGAUUGCUGCCGGUUGUGCUGUUCUUCUGUAGCUCUUUAGCUGAUAUGAUGGUUCUUUUUAGAGAGACGAGAGGAACACGAGGAUACAGAGACCAAUGUAUGGACGUGGAGUCCACUGCGGUCAGAGAACUAGGACAAACCUGGCUUCGAUGGAGAGGUCAAAAAGUCGAGUACUGCCGCUGUGCUAUAAGAGGAAGAGUACGAUGUCAUUACAUACCCAUCACCACUUGUUAUAUGUCAAGGUGUUACAACGGAGGCACGUGUAAGGAGGCAGUGUACUCCAACGACUUCAUCUGCCUGUGUCCACCAGAGUUCACUGGAGAUCAGUGUGAGAUUAAUCUGAACGAGAAGUGUGUAAGUGGGAAGGGCUCUGGUUAUCGUGGUACCUGGAGCAUCUCCAGCUCAGGCGCUGAGUGCAUCAACUGGAACUCGACAGCACUCGGAGGGAAAAAAUUUACUGCCAGGAAAUCGGAUGCUGGAAUCCUGGGGCUGGGUAAUCACAACUACUGCAGGAAUCCCGAUGGCGACUCCAGACCGUGGUGUUACGUUUAUAAAAGAUCUCAACUUGCGUGGGAAUUCUGUUCUAUGCCCAACUGUACAGUCCCUGCUGCAGAAUGUGUCCAGGGAUCUGGUCAGUCUUACAGAGGAACGCAGUCGGUCAGUAAAAGUGGUGCUAAGUGUCUUACAUGGGACUCACCUGCCAUUUAUAACAAGAUUUAUAUGGCAUGGAGGUCAGACGCCAGGGAACUGGGUAUUGGAAGCCACAACCACUGCAGGAACCCAGACGGUGAUCUUGGACCCUGGUGUCACAUUUAUAAAGGCACCCAGGUGACAUGGGAACGUUGUGACAUCCCACAAUGCUUGAGAAAACCCUCUACCAUAACCACACUUGGACCGAGAGCACCCACAAGCACCAGCAAUAAAGGUUCGUGUGGUCAGCGUUCUUCUAAACCCUCGACUUUGCCCAUGUUCAGGAUAAUUGAAGGUCAGGUUAGUGACAUCAAAGAGCAGCCGUGGCAAGCAGCCAUCACUGUGUACUGGCCCCGCUCCAAAUCACACAACUUCCUGUGUGGAGGUGUCCUGAUCGACUCCUGCUUUGUUCUCUCUGCGGCGCACUGCUUUCAGGAGGGGUUUACAGAAAAUCGCCUGCGUGUAAUCCUCGGCCGAACCUUCAGGCUCCAGAACUCCAGUAGUGAACAGAUUUUUGAAGUGGAGAAGUACUGGAUCCACGAACAGUACAAAGAUGAAAGUUACGACAAUGAUAUAGCUCUUCUGAAGCUAAAGAGUGAAAAUGGCAUUUGUGCUGUGAAUUCUCCCGAGGUGCUACCCAUCUGUUUACCAGAUCCCAAAAUAGUUCUUCCUGAUUGGAUGGAGUGUGAGAUCUCUGGUUACGGCAAGGCUGAGGAGUUCUCUCCGUUCUUUUCGGAGCGAGUGAAGAGAGGUCACGUUCGCUUGUGGCCUCAAGAGCUCUGUGUGCCGGAGAGACUCUCCGGACGUGAGGUGACACCUAACAUGCUCUGCGCUGGUGACACGCGUGGUCUGGAUGACGCCUGCAAGGGAGACUCAGGUGGUCCUCUGGUGUGUGAAAAGGACAACCGGAUGACCCUUAUAGGACUGAUCAGCUGGGGGGACGGAUGUGGGAAGAAGGACAAACCAGGUGUUUACACGCGUGUUUCAAAGUACACGUCCUGGAUUUCCAAUGAGAUCAAAGCU